UUAAGUGCUAAAAGGGUCUUCAAGCCGCUUCACAUUUGAUCUGAAAAUCACUAUUACUUCCAAACCAAUGGGUAAAAUAUAAUAUCCUAUUCAUAAAGAGACUUAAUUAAGUUGCGCAAUGUACGCAUCUAGCGCAGCCAUGGCGGUCUUGAGAACUCCCAAUAUGUAUUCUCGCGGCGACAGCACAUAUCGCGUUCUCAUACAGGGUGCUCUCUAGCUAGCUAGCUACAUCAAAAACAAGAGCUGUCAACUUUCGAAAUCAAGUGUCAAGGCUUCCAUGUCUGAACUCAAGUCCACAGAGUCCCCAGGUUCUGUAUGUGGUGUUCCAGCCCAGAGAAGCUCACAGCAGGGUCCAGAGAUGGUCUCAGUGAAGCUGGAGGACUGCAGUCAAACACUGGAACUUAAUGUGAUUGUCAAAGAGGAGGAGGAGAGAGGAAUCGAGGAGGAGAUACAAGUAAAAGAGGUGGAUCAGAGAGCAGUCAAAGAGGAGGUUGAGGAGAGAGGAGUCAAAGAAGAGCAUGAGAGAACAGUCGAAGAGGAGGAGGGUAUAAGCAUCAAAGAAGAGGUGGAGGAAAGAUUAGUGAAAGCAGAAGAGAACAAGAAAGGAGCUGCUCAACAUCUAGGAGCUAAAGAAGUAGAUAGUAUCAGUGACCCAGGAGAGAGCUCCAACCCAGGUUCAGACAGUGAGCCCAGUUCCACAGCAUCAGGAAGCCAUAAACAACACAGACGGAGGAACUCAAGACAGAAACAUCACCACUGCAUGGACUGCUUCACUAGUUUCUAUGAUCCAGAGGAGUUGAGAAGACACACUUGUAGGCCCCACCCCUGUUCAGAUUGCAGAGGCAGUUUUAUUUGUCCGAUUCACCUCAAAUCACACCAACAAAGUCUCAAAAUAAAGAAGACAUACCCGUGUGGUCAAUGUGGGAAGAGAUUUCAGACACCAAGCAGCUUGAAGAUGCACCAGCUUACUCACACAGGAAAGAAGUCGUACCACUGCUUCCAGUGUAGGAAGACUUUCGGUUGGUCAUUCAAUUUGAAGAGACACCAGAAAAUACACACAGGGGAGAAACCUUUCCACUGCUCCCAGUGUGGAAAGAGCUUCAGUCAGACAGGAGACCUAAAGAAACACCAUAGAAUACACACAGGAGAGAAGCCUUUCCACUGCUCUGAGUGUGGGAAGAGCUUCAGUAUAGAAGCAAAUCUAAAGGAGCACCAGAAAAUACAUACAGGAGAGAAGCCUUUCCACUGCUCCCAAUGUGGUAAAAGCUUCAGUCGGUUAAGAGAACUAAAGAAACAUCAGAGAAUACACACAGGGGAAAAUCCAUACAGCUGUGAUCAGUGUGGGAAGAGUUUCAGUCAAACAGGAGUCCUAAAGAGACACCAGCUAACUCACACAGGAGAAAAGCCUUUCAACUGCUCCCAGUGUGGGAAGGAUUUCAGUCAGUCAUCACUUUUGAAGAGACACCAGCUAACUCACACAGGAAAGAAGCCUCACCACUGCUCUCAUUGUGGGAAAAGUUUUAAAUUGGAAGGAAGCCUUCAGAGUCACCUGAGAAUACACAAUGGAGAGAAGCCCCACCACUGCUCCCAAUGUGGGAAGGCUUUCAGUCAGGCAGUAGACCUAAAGAAACAUCAGAGAAUACACACAGGGGAGAAGUCUUUCCACUGUUCUCAGUGUGGGAAGACUUUUGGUCGGUCAUUAUUUUUGAAGCGACACCAGAGAAGACACACUGGGGAGAAGCCUUUCCACUGCUCACAAUGUGGGAAGACCUUCAGUGAAAAAGGAAAUCUAAAGCAACACCAGAGAAGACACUCGGGAGAGAAACCGUACAGCUGUGAUCAGUGUGGGAUUUGUUUUAAAUGGAAACAAAGCCUGAAGGAACAUCAGGAGGCAAAGCACAGUGCAGUGCCCAACUCUAACCUUAUAAUGGAGUUGCCAAGCUGGGCAUCUACAUAUCUAACUAAUAUUGACUGACUGACAAAAAACAUUCUGUUAACUUCUCUGGGAUAUAUGCGUCCCACCUACCCAAAAGCCAGUGAAAUUGCAGGGCACCAAAUUCAAAACAACAGAAAUCUCAUAAUUAAAAUUCCUUCAAACAUACAAGUAUUAUACACCAUUUUGAAGAUAAACUUCUCGUUAAUCCAGCCACAGUGUCUGAUUUCAAAAAGGAUUUACGGCGAAAGCACACCUUGCGAUUAUGUUUGGUCAGUACAUAGCCACAGAAAAACACAGCCAUUUUUCCAGCCAAAGAGAGGAGUAACAAAAAGCAGAAAUAGAGUUAAAAUGAAUCACUAACCUUUGAUGAUCUUCAUCAGAUGACACUCAUAGGACUUCAUGUUACACAAUACAUGUAUGUUUUGUUCGGUAAAGUUCAUAUUUAUAUCCAAAAAUCUGAGUUUAGGCGGGACGCCACUGUCUCACUUGGCCAAAAGCCAGAGAAAAUGCAGCGCGCAAAAUUCAAAUAAAUUACUAUAAAAAUCAAACUUUCAUUAAAUCACACAUGAAAGAUACCAAAUUAAAGCUACACUGGUUGUGAAUCCAGCCAACAUGUCAGAAUUCGAUUAAUUCCAUCGAUAUAUAUCCAAAAUGUCCAUUUACUUGGCGCAUUUGAUCCAGAAAAACACUGGUUCCAACCUGUGAAAAGUGACUACAAAAUAUCUCAAAAGUUACCUGUAAACUUUGCCAAAACAUUUCAAACAAUUUUAGGUAUUUUUUUUACGUAAAUAAUCGAUAAAAUUGAAGACGGGAUCAAAUCAAAUUUAUUUAUAUAGCCCUUCGUACAUCAGCUUCGUACUAGUGCUGUACAGAAACCCAGCCUAAAACACCAAAUAGCAAGCAAUGCAGGUGUAGAAGCACAGUGGCUAGGAAAAACUCCCUAGGAAGAAACCUAAAGAGGAACCAGGCUAUGAGGGGUGGCCAGUCCUCUUCUGGCUGUGCCGUUAUAACAGAACAUGGCCAAGAUGUUCAAAUGUUCAUAAAUGACCAGCAUGGUCAAAUAAUAAUAAUCAUAGUAGUUGUCGAGGGUGCAGCAAGUCAGCACCUCAGGAGUAAAUGUCAGUUGGCUUUUCAUAGCCGAUCAUGAAGAGGAUCUAUACCGCUCCUGCUGUCUCUAGAGAGUUGAAAACAGCAGGUCUGGGACAGGUAGCACGUCCGGUGAACAGGUCAGGGUUCCAUAGCAGCAGGCAGAACAGUUGAAACUGGAGCAGCAGCAUGACCAGGUGGACUGGGGACAGCAAGGAGUCAUCAUGCCAGGUAGUCCUGAGGCAUUGUCCUAGGGCUCAGGUCCUCCGAGAGAAAGAAAGAGAGAAUUAGAGAGAGCAUACUUAAAUUCACACAGGACACCGGAUAAGACAGAAGUACUCCAGAUAUAACAAACUGACCCUAGCCCCCCGACACAUAAACUACUGCAGCAUAAAUACUGGAGGCUGAGACAGGAGGGGUCAGGAGACACUGUGGCCCCAUCCGAUGAUACCCACGGACAGGGCCAAACAGGAAGGAUAUAACCCCACCCACUUUGCCAAAGCACAGCCCCCACACCACUAGAGGGAUAUCUUCAACCACCAACUUACCAUCCUGAGACAAGGCCGAGUAUAGCCCACAAAGAUCUCCGCCACGGCACAACCCAAGGGGGGGCGCCAACCCAGACAGGAAGAUCACGUCAGUGACUCAACCCACUCAAGUGACGCACCCCUCCUAGGGAUGGCAUGAAAGAGCACCAGUAAGCCAGUGACUCAGCCCUUGUAAUAGGGUUAGAGGCAGAGAAUCCCAGUGGAAAGAGGGGAACCGGCCAGGUAGAGACAGCAAGGACGGUUCGUUGCUCCAGAGCCUUUCCGUUCACCUUCACACUCCUGGGCCAGACUACACUCAAUCAUAUGACCCACUGAAGAGAUGAGUCUUCAGUAAAGACUAAAAAGUUGAGACCGAGUCUGCGUCUCUCACAUGGGUAGGCAGACAUUCCAUAAAAAUUGAGCUCUAUAGGAGAAAGCCCUGCCUCCAGCUGUUUGCUUAGAAAUUCUAGUGACAAUUAGGAGGCCUGCGUCUUGUGACCGUAGCGUACAUGUAGGUAUGUACGGCAGGACCAAAUCGGAAAGAUAGGUAGGAGCAAGCCCAUGUAAUGCUUUGUAGGUUAGCAGCAAAACCUUGAAAUCAGCCCUUGCCUUAACAGGAAGCCAGUGUAGGGAGACUAGCACUGGAGUAAUAUGAUCAAAUUUUUUGGUUCUAGUCAGGAUUCUAGCAGCCGUAUUUAGCACUAACUGAAGUUUAUUUAGUGCUUUAUCCGGGUAGCCGGAAAGUAGAGCAUUGCAGUAGUCUAACCUAGAAGUAACAAAAGCAUGGAUAAUUUUUUCUGCAUCCUUUUUGGACAGAAAGUUUCUGAUUUUUGCAAUGUUACGUAGAUGGAAAAAAGCUGUGUCCUUGAAACAGUCUUGAUAUGUUCGUCAAAAGAGAGAUCAGGGUCCAAAGUAACGCCGAGGUCCUUCAGUUUUAUUUGAGACGACUUUACAACCAUCAAGAUUAAUUGUCAGAUUCAACAGAAGAUCUCUUUGUUUCUUGGGACCUAGAACAAGCAUCUCUGUUUUGUCCGAGUUUAAAAGUAGAAAGUUUUCAGCCAUCCACUUCCUUAUGUCUGAAACACAGGCUUAAAGCGAGGGCAAUUUUGGGGCUUCACCAUGUUUCAUUGAAAUGUACACCUGUGUGUCAUCCGUAUAGCAGUGAAAGUUAACAUUAUGUUUUCGAAUGACAUCCCCAAGAGGUAAAAUAUAUAGUGAAAACAAUAGUGGUCCUUAAACGGAACCUUGAGGAACACCGAAAUGUACAGUUGAUGUGUCAGAGGACAAACCAUUCAGAGACAAACUGAUAUCUUUCCGACAGAUAAGAUCUAAACCAGGUCAGAACUUGUCCGUGUAAACCAAUUUGGGUUUCCAAUCUCUCCAAAAGAAUGUGGUGAUCGAUGGUAUCAAAGGCAGCACUAAGGUCUAGGAGCACGACGACAGAUGCAGAGCCUCGGUCUGACGCCAUUAAAAGGUAAUUUACCACCUUCACAAGUGCAGUCUCAGUGCUAUGAUGGGGUCUAAAACCAGACUGAAGCAUUUCGUAUACAUUGUUUGUCUUCAGGAAGACAGCUUUUUCUAAAAAAAAUUGAGAGGAAUGGAAGAUUCGAUAUAGGCCGAUUCGUUUUUUAUAUUUUCUGGGUCAAGGUUUGGCUUUUUCAAGAGAGGCUUUAUUACUGCCACUUUUAGUGAGUUUGGUACACAUCCGGUGGAUAGAGAGCCGUUUAUUAUGUUCAACAUAGCUGCUUCCUGUGCUUGGCCCUCCUCUUUCAGUAGUUUAGUUGGAAUAGGGUCCAGUAUGCAGCUUGAAGGUUUAGAGGCCAUGAUUAUUUUCCUCAUUGUGUCAAGAGAUAUAGUACUAAAACACUUGAGUGUCUCUCUUGAUCCCAGGUCCUGCCAGGUCCUGGCAGAGUUUUAUCAGGACAGCUUUGGAGGAAUACGCAGAUUUAAAGAGGAGUCCGUAAUUUGCUUUCUAAUGAUCAUGAUCUUUUCCUCAAAGAAGUUCAUGAAUUUAUUACUGCUGAAGUGAAAGCCAUCCUCACUUGUGGAAUGCUGCUUUUUAGUUAGCUUUGCGACAGUAUCAAAUAUCGUUGUUCUUAUUUUCCUCAAUUAAGUUGGAAAAAUAGGAUGAUCGAGCAGCAGUGAUGAUCUGUCUUCAUUACACAAAGGAAAAACCCUCAACCAAUUUCUAAAGACUUGACAUCCAGUGGAAGCGGUAGGAACUGCAAGAAGGUCCCUUAGAAUUCUGGAUUCCCAAUGAAAACUCGUUGAAAAGAGGAAAAGAGGGACCUCAAAAAAAAACAUCUGAAUAGUUUGUCCUCUGAGUUUCGCCUGCUAAAUAAAUUCUGUUAUACUCACAGACAUGAUUCAAACAGUUUUAGAAACUUCAGAGUGUUUUCUAUCCAAAUCUACUAAUAAUAUGCAUAUCUUAUAUGGGGAUGAGUAGCUGGCAGUUGAAUUUGGGUAUGCUUUUCAUCCAAACGUGAAAAUUCUGCCCCCUAUCCUAGAGAAGUUAGAAGGUCAAAUAUAUAUUUGAAAGAGGUUUAACACUUUAUUUAGACAGCCAAAAACACAGGGGACGACAGGAAAUUGUUAGGGUGGACACAGGAAUUGAAAACUAGUCUCCAGGGGGGAGUAGAGUACAUGCAACUGGCUGCGAGUGUUAACGCUAUACAACAGGUUAUUAUUCUGUGACACUUGAAAUUCAUUUUUAAUAUGGAAAUGUACUAAAGAGUUAUGGCAUGUGGAUCAUAUCCUCCUGAAAUAAUUUUCAGUUUCUAUCUGCAUAAGUCAAUACUUUCUAAACUAAACUUCCAUUAUCUCAAUUCCGCCAAGACACACACCUCUCGGGAACAUUUGAUGUGCAUAUUGAUGUCAUUUCACCAGACUGCACAUGUAUCUGCUUAAUGUAACAGUUUCUCUGGGUGAUGUUUGACUUGUGCUUCCCGUGACUGUGUUUUUAUAUGUGUAUAUUUAUAUUGUAUUAUUCAGGGCACAUUUGAAGAAGAGACCUAGGUCUCUAUGUCUUCCCAGGUCAAAUAAAGGUCAAUACAUCACUAAUAAUAAUGACCUGAUUUAGAAAGUAGAGGCCAGUAGAGGCCAGACAUAAGGGAAGGCUGUUGUCUGUAUUAACCAGUGAUCUACUAUAAUGCAGGGUAAAAAAUUAAAU